GUUGUCGAAAACCUUUCAAGUUCAUUUUCCGGGUUUUCGACGAGCCACGAUGGCGGCCAAAAACAAAGCCAGAACGCUAAUCGUUCGUAUGAUUUCAACGGCGCAAACUGGCUUUUUCUACACCACCCAACGUCUUCGACAAGGUCCCAGGUUAUCCGCUGUGAAGUACGACCCGAAAGUUAAGCAGCGCGUCUUGUUCGUGGAGAGUAAGAAGACAAAAAAGUAGAUGCUGAUAGGCGGGUAGUAAGUAUAGUAGCUACUUUAGUGGUGUUUAUAACAUUUCCUUGU